ACGGUUGUGUUUUCUGUUCCCUGGGGCCACAGUGUUUUCAACGGGACUCAACUUACAAUUUACUGGACUCGCUAUGGCCGCCUGACCGAGGCUGAAAUACGCUUUUUCUUUUAACGUUUGUUUGAAACAUUUGCACAAACUUUUUCCAGAUAAACUUUCGUCUUUUGUGUAGUUUUUAUGUCAAGAAAGAAGGAUGCAACCCCCACCGAGAAAGGUCCGGGUCACCCAGGAGCUGAAACACACUCAUGCAGAGCAGAUGAACAGAUUACACAUCAAACACCAGACAGAAUGUGACCUCUUGGAGGACCUGAGGACGUACAGCCAAAAGAGGGCAGCUGUAGAACGAGACUACGCCCAGGCCCUCCAAAAGCUGGCAAACCAGUACCUAAAGAGAGAAUGGCCAGAGAGUCCAACAGAUGAACAAGCAGAUAACAGGAAUAUGUACUGCGUAUGGAGGGCCUAUUUAGAGGGUACUGUCCAGGUUACGCAGUCCAAAAUCAGCGCCUGUGAUAACUACAAAGUCCAGGUCGCUGAUCCAGCCAAGACAGCCCGGCUGCAGAAGGAGCAGCAGCUGAGGAAGUGUAUUGAUCAACUGAUGGCGGUUCAGGCCGAGCUGCAGGAUUCGGUGAAGGAGUUGACAAAGACCAGGAAGAAGUACCAGGAGGCUGAGACAAUGGCACAAGCAGUACGGGAGAAGGCAGAGCUGGACGCUAAGUCAAAGCUGAGUCUCUUUCAGUCCAGAUCCAGUCUCCAGAGGGCAAGUGUGAAGCUGAAAGCCAAGAGGAGCGAGUGCAACUCCAAAGCCACACACGCCAGAAAUGACUACCUUCUCACGCUAGCAGCCGCUAACGCUCACCAGCAGCGCUACUACAACACAGACCUCGUGGACUGCAUCAAGGUGUUAGAUGGCAGAAUCUAUGAGCAGGUAAAAGAUUACCUGGUGUCGCUGUGUCAGACUGAGCUGGAAACAUACCAGGCUGUCCACAACAUGUUCAACCAGCUUUUGAACAGCUCAAAUGGAGUAGCACAAGAUUUUCACCAGCAGCUGUUUGUACAGAGGAACCUCAUGUUUCAGCAGGCCCCAGACUUCAUAUACCAGCCCAUCGACUCUGAUACGGUGAUGCAGUUGGAGAGAGAAAGUGGAACGGCAGAGGAGCACAGUCUGGAUAAAGAGGCAAGGAAAUGGGCAAGCCGUGUGGCCAGAGAAUACAAGAGCAUCAUCCACACUCAGAGAGCGCUAGAGGAAUACGGGACACAGGAUUCAUUAGAGCAGAACAACAGUGAGCUGGAGACCAAGAUGGAGGUGGCCAGGCAGAGUCUUAGGAGGGCAGAGACAGUGAAAGUGAAAGCAGAGGCCCGCUUGGAUUUACUGCGGCAGGCGGGGGUUGCUGUGGAAACGUGGCUGAAGAGCGCCAUGAACCAGGUGAUGGAGGAGCUGGAGAAUGAGCGCUGGAACAAUCUCAAUACCCAUGAUCCUUCACUUUCUGGAACGGCAGAUUUGGAGCGAGAGGAUGAAGAGGAGAUGGAGGACAGUGGAGAAGUGUUGGACGACAGCAGCUCCAGCCCCUCCAGCACUUUAAAAAACUAUCCCCUCACCUGUAAAGUCCUCUACUCUUACAAGGCGUCUCAGCCGGAUGAACUUACCAUUGAGGAGCAGGAAAUCCUGGAAGUUAUUGAUGAUGGAGACAUGGAGGACUGGGUUAAGGCACGAAACCGCAGUGGACAAGUCGGCUAUGUCCCAGAGAAAUACUUGCAGCUGCCUUCAUCUAACAGCUUACUCAGCAUGCUGCAAGCUCUGGCUGCACUGGACGCUCGAUCCCACUCCUCCAGCAACUCCACUGAGCCUGAAACUGAAAUACCAACCGGCUCUGUCAACGGAGACUCAAGUGUGUCUUUUGCAAAGGCCCUGUAUGACUAUGCAGGACAAACGGAUGAUGAGCUGUCAUUUCCAGAAGGAGCCAUCAUCCGUAUCCUGAGCAGAGAGACUCACGAGGAUGAUGGUUUCUGGGAAGGAGAGUUUAACGGCAUUGUUGGUGUCUUUCCUGCUGUUCUGGUGGAGGAUCUGAGCGGUGGUAGCGAGAAUGGAGAUGGACAGAGAGAGGGCAGUGCACAGGCGUCCCCCUCCCCUCUGGCUCAGUGUGAUCGAUCCCCUCGUAGUCCCUUCCAGCCAGGGCCCCUCCACAGCAGCCCUCUUCAGACGCCCACCAUGUCUUCUCCUCAGUCGAGUCCCUGCAGUGCCACAGCCUCUCCUAUUGGUCGACCUCCUUCUUACCACAACGGACAUCACAGGCCGCCACCAGCACCGCACAAAAGCCCUUAUCAGAGUCCAGCUCAAGGCUCCCCUCAACCUCCAAAAUACCCAGAAAGUAGCGCUGGCACCAUCAGACCUGUCCGUGCUGCUCCUCCACCCCCUAAGCAGCAUCCCCGUGGGCAGGUGAAGCGGAGAGAGGAGGUGGAGAUCACGCUGGUUUGAAGGCAGCACCCUGGUGGUGAUGCUGAUAAAGAAGAAGGUUCUGUUUAAACCAGCUGGGACAUGAUGGCUCUGUGCCUCUGAACGAACUCCCAAAGGAAACCAGAGGAACCUUAAACCCCUCUGAAUACACCCAGAGAGGCCUGAGACUUUGUCCUCUUGUCUUUUCACAGCACCUCACAGGGUCAGUGUGCUGUGGAGGAAUACCGUGCCUUUCUCUUAACUAAACUCCUUUAAUUUCCUCACACAUUCAGUUUUUCAUGUUCAUAUUCCCUGCAGUGUAGCGCUGCUAUUUGGCCGAAGAAUUGAGCUAUUUUCAUAACUUUAAUUCAAAGCUACACAUCCUCAACAGUUUAGCUCUUCUACCUGGGCUCUUAAGAGUCCUGACUAAACUCAUUCAUUGCUUACAGACUGUCUGGUGCUAGUAGUAUCUCUGCAUAUCAGUUCUGGUGCUUGUUUAUCAAAAACCACACUGUGCAAACCCUGCCCCCUUCUGCUAAUGCUCACAGUAGCUGAUAUAGUGACAACUGGCUGUUAAAGUGACCUGCAACAGUGUGAUACAUUUCUUCGAGUAGGUGUUACAACAUUGCUUCAUAAGCAGGUAUUUAUUAUAUAAAAUAAUAAUACUUAAAACAAAGUCACAAGACAGUUUAUUAUAUAAAAUAAUACUAUCUAAAACAAACUUAAAAAACAGUUAAGUCAACUUUAAAGCAUCAUUGCUUGAUUUCUGGUAACAUCAUACCGAGAUGUAGACUCCUGAUGUUGACUUAUAAAUGAUAACAGCAUAUUGGAAUAAGAAUUAAAGCAUCACAGCACUUUAAAGGUGUUGGUGGUCAGACACCUUUUAGAGCCUUGGUUCUCAACUUGUGGGUCUAGGUCCAAAGUGAGUCACAAUGUUAUUUUCAGUGGGUUGUGGAUAAGUGGGUGGAAAAAAAUAUGUGGCAAAAGUCUUAUUUGCUUUUAUUUUGAAGAGUAUGUCUUCAUUUCUUUGUUCUGCCACAUCUUUUGUUCCAUUGCAAG